UCCAAAUCUGGCGCGCGGAAGAGAAAUGUCAAGGCGAAAAUACAGCUUUUAUGCGUGACAUAAGACAUAAUAUACAAGAUGGGAGUCAUAUUUUCGAGAUUUCGGAAAAAGAAAACCACCAUUCAAAAGUUGGAAGAAAUUGAUCAGGAAGUAACCAGACUUGAGAAAUUCAAACGACAGAAUCAAGAGAGACAAAAAUGGUUUAUAGCCAAAUUGCUGCUGUACUCAAUAUUGUCGUACAUUGCUGCAGCCCUCGUGUUCUACUUCUACUACUUCCCAGACAAGUGGAAAGAUCGACUGCUCUACUCCAUUCCUCUUUUGCUGUUUCCUGCUGUAAUAUGGCUCGUGAAGAAGGUUCUACACUGGUACUUCAUCAAAAGAAUUGCAAAGAAUGAUAUUGCAUUGGAAGAAUUGAGAGAAAGGAAAAAGCAGAUUUUGGAAGACGUGAUGGAGAAAGAGACGUACAAGAAGGCUAAGGAAAUACUUGAGAGAUUUGACCCUGUCAGGUUUAAAGAGCUAGAGAUGCCCAAGGUGACUCCUCCUCAAGUAGGUGUCACACCUGGUACAGAAUUGCGACAGAGACAUGUCCCUCAGCAGCGAUCUCCCCCAGGAUCCCAGCUACGCCCCAUGACUCCUGGGCACCCUGCCAUGACACCUAUGAGGCCCCAACAGGGGGGCCAGCUGAGACCAGGAAUGACCCCAUUUGGGCCUCGUAGUGGGAGUAUCCAGGGAAUGCAGCCCCGUAACCUGUUAAAUACUCCACAACAACCAACAAAUGGUUCAUUGCAAGGCCCACCAUUGCCACGCCCGAUUUUACCCCGGGAGAGAAGCACAAUGGACCGCAUGUUGGAAUACCUUGUAGGCGACGGCCCACAGAACCGAUACGCCCUCAUCUGCCAAAACUGCUUCUCGCAUAACGGCAUGGCCAUGAAGGAGGAGUUUGAAUAUAUAACUUUUAGAUGCUGUUACUGCUAUACACCUAAUCCUGCACGGAAAAAGCGUCCUUUUGCUCCAAGAAUCGAGCCCAUAGCAAAAACUUCUACUCAGGAUGAAGAAAGCAAAUCCGAAGAAGAAGAUGAAGAGGAGGAGGGGAGCAGUGAGGGUUCACAGGGCGCAGAGGAAGGGCCAGGAGGGGCUCCACAAAGGGAGAGAGAUGCGGCCCAAGCUGGGCCCCCACAAGGGGCAAGUGGAGAGGGAGAGAAAGGUGGAGAGGAGGAGAUGGAGGUGCAAGAGGGGGGAGAUGAGGUGCCACAGGGGGAAACUGAGGGGGGUAAUAAAGGUUAG